AUGCGCCGUAUCUUAGACUGGUACAAGGCUAAAAACCCAGCUGAAAAUUACACACAAGAAACUGAUCCAGGUGUGGUAUCAGUGCGUGCAAUUUAUCAAUACUACAAAGAGCAUGGCUACAAAACAGUGGUGAUGGGCGCAUCAUUCCGUAACACUGGCGAGUUGAUUGCUUUGGCUGGUUGCGACCGUUUAACCGUAUCACCAAACUUGUUGCAAGAUUUAGCUGCAACUGAAGGCACACUCGUACAAGUGCUUAAAGACAGCGGCAAAACAAAAACACCUCCAGCAAAAAUGACUGAAGAAGAGUUCCGUUUCGAGUUAAACCAAGAUCCAAUGGCAACAGAAAAGUUGGCUGAGGGUAUCCGUGGCUUU